GAAUUGAGACACCGAUAAAGACGACGCAUGGAUGUAUCGCGCAUGAAAUUUAUUUAAUUUAAUUUAAAUAAUACUAAAUUUCAAACUUCGCUUCGCUCGGACGUGUGCGUAGCGUACUUGUGUGCGGUGAUAAAGUGCAAAGUAAUUCCAAAACAACAAGAAAAAUACACAAAUAUUUUUUUUUUGCCCCUAAUCGGUGUCUCUAUCUGUGUGUGCGCGCGGUUACCUGUGUGUGAGUGUGUGUGUUUUCAGCAAAAAAAAAGGUGUCCAGUGGGUGUGCGCUAGCUUGGGCCCAAAAGUGCUAAAUAAUAGUUCAAAAGAACAAUCGUGACACAGCGGCAACAACAACGGCGCCAAUAUGAGCGGAGGUGGCAUGGACAAAAGAAAACUCUCCACAUCGGGAGAUUCGUUGUACGAGAUCUUGGGACUUCCAAAAACAGCCACAGCUGAUGAUAUUAAAAAGACUUAUCGAAAACUAGCUCUUAAAUACCAUCCAGAUAAGAAUCCAGACAAUGUUGAUGCUGCCGAUAAGUUCAAGGAAGUCAAUCGGGCCCAUUCGAUAUUGAGUGACCAAACUAAACGUAAUAUUUAUGAUAAUUAUGGAUCAUUGGGUCUGUAUAUAGCCGAACAGUUUGGUGAGGAGAAUGUGAACGCAUACUUUGUGGUCACAUCGCCAGCGGUGAAGGCCUUGGUUAUAUGUUGUACAGUCUUGACGGGUUGCUGCUGUUGUUGCUGUUGCUGCUGCUGUUGCAACUUCUGCUGUGGCAAAUUCAAGCCACCGGUGAAUGAGUCGCACGAUCAGUAUUCACAUUUGAAUAGACCCGAUGGCGGCAAUCGAGAGGCCAGCGAUCUGCCACCGCAUCUGGGACAAGCGCCGCGUCUUGAGGACGUCGAUCUCGAUGAUGUUAACCUGGGCGCAGGUGGUGCCCCUGUUACCACACAGCCACGCGAACAGGCUGGCGGCAGUCAGCCGGUCUAUGCCAUGCCACCGCCCGCAGGAGCCGCCUCCGUUGGCGUCAAUCCGUUCACUGGCGCCCCAGUGGCAGCCAAUGAGAGUACAUCGCUGAAUACAACAGAACAGACUACAUACACGCCAGAUAUGGUUAAACAGAAAUAUUAGGCAUAAUAUUAUGGCUUCAAGCGAGAGACAUGCCACCCCGCUCGACCCGUCCCCCCAUCCUAGUCCCCCCUAAUAUGUUUCCAUAUUUUCCCCAUCCAAAUUACAAAUGAAAAAAACGAAAACUACACAAACAAAACAAAACAAAAAAAACUAAAACAUAAACUUACAAAAUGUGAAACAAAAAAUGUUUCAGAACCGACAACAAGAAGUAAAAAGGAAGAAGAAGUUUGCAAGAAAAAAAAUGUUUGUUUAAUAAUUUAAAAAAAAAAAAACAAAAGAAAAAAAGAAAGUAUGCAUAUAUGUAUAUGUAUAAACUUAUAUAUUUAUUGUAAGCUAUAUAGAAGUUAAUUCUAAUUUUAAAAAUAUUACGUCAAAGCGAAAGCUUUCAGGGUUGAUUUUGGUCCAUUCAUCUAAUUUUUUGUGUGUGAAAUUUAAUAAAGUUUAUUUAUUUAAAUAAUAAAAGCAAAAGCAAAUAAGCCUCAAGCACAUAUAUAUCGCAAUCUAUGUGUGCUUGAUUGAAAUCUAA